AUGCAGGAUUUAUUACAAGGAAGUAAUACCGUGUCGUCGGAUGUGAUGAUGAAAGGGGAUAGGAAAUGGAACGUGAUGGGUAUGGCAACGGCAGGAGGGGUGGCGGGAUUGCAUUUGUUGUGCUGUUUUGCUCCGUUUACGUUCAGUUGGGCUGCAUUAUCGGUGGCGUUUGGGUUGUAUGUGGUCACAGGGCUUCUUGGUAUUACUCUCUCAUUUCAUAGAAACCUGUCACAUCGAAGCUUUAGGCUCCCAAAAUGGCUCGAAUACACUUUUGCCUAUUGCGGGCUUCAUGCUCUUCAGGGGCAUCCGAUACAUUGGGUAAGCACGCAUCGCUAUCAUCAUCAAUUUGUUGAUUCCGAAAGAGACCCACACAGCCCGAUUAGAGGAUUUUGGUAUAGUCACAUGAAUUGGUUGUUUGAUACGGACGACAUUAUGAAACGGUGUGGAGAACCCAACAAUGUUGGAGAUCUGGAGAAACAACCAUUUUACAGAUUUCUUCGAACAACUUAUGUCAUACAUCCGGUUGCACUUGCUCUUCUUCUAUAUACACUCGGGGGAUUUCCAUUUAUCGUAUGGGGAAUGGGGGUGAGGUUAGUGUGGUUCUACCAUAUUACAUGGCUAGUGAACUCGGUUUGUCAUAUAUGGGGAAAACAAGCAUGGGACACCGGUGACCUUUCGCGUAACAAUUGGUGGGUAGGAAUACUUGCAUUUGGUGAAGGAUGGCAUAAUAACCAUCACGCAUUCGAGUACUCAGCAAGGCAUGGGUUGGAAUGGUGGGAAAUCGAUAUGACGUGGUAUAUGAUCAGUCUUCUUGACAUCUUUGGUGUGGCCACUCAUGUUAAGCUACCAAACCCAACUCAUAUUCAAAGAAUGUCUUUCCUUCCCAAAACUUGAUCUUAGUUUGUAAAAUCUGUUUUUCGUUUGGAAGUCCUUCAUUCGGUUUAGGUGUGAGCCUAAAUAAAAAGAAAAUGAUCUAUCAUAUAUAAGCAUGAUUUAU